AUGAGUCAACGAUUGUCGCCCCACAGCAGUCCACAUAGACACGCAGACAUCAACCAAUCUCCAUCUCAAGUAGCCUCAACAUCUUCCCUGAAGCGCAGAGCUUCCCCAUCUUUUGAGUGCCCUGACGAUAACAGUCGCAAGAAGAUGAAGGAAGGCGUGGCAGAUAACAUCCAUCAAACAGACCGCAUUUCAAGUGAGAACUCGGCGACCUUCAUCGACGACCUCCUCGAGGAACUCCAAUGUGGAUGUUGCUCUGGGCUCGUCUAUAACCCUGUCCUCGUCGUGCCUUGUCAACACUUUUUCUGUGGGAGCUGUUGCACCCUUUGGAUUCGUAAUGGUGGCACAAGCUGCCCUGCAUGCCGCGGCGGCGCGACAAUAGCGAUGCCAUUCCGCGCCCUUCAACCAAUAAUUGAGAGAUUACUUCGGAACGCACCUGAAAGGGCGCGUACACAGCGUGAAAAGGAUCAAGCUGACGAAAUUUACAAGGCUGGGACACCGCUCCGUAUCCCUCCUCCAAGGGAAGCAUCACCUCCGCCCGACGUGAAUAGAAGCACUGAAUAUGUUCAUCCUUGUCCACACUGUUUGCCCAACAAUCCGUACGACUGGAGAUGCCCUCAGCCUAUUGUUGAUCCCAGCAGUGAUAUCGAUCAUGCGUGGCAUAUCGACGACGGUGUGCCACCGGGCCAUGGUAACUGCGGGAAUUGUGAGAAUUUACUUGCUCUUCGAGCACCCACUACGACAAAAUGUGAUCUUUGUCUUGUGUCGUUUUGCGGGAUAGGAGUGCAGGAUCGGUGCAUGGCGCUGCCGCUUCUCUCUCAGCAUCCGCACAAUAUGUCUACGCAUUCUGAUCUAAUACAAUCGGCCGAAGUGUACGAAUGCUUCGAUGGCAAUACCGUUGAGGUCGAAAUAAUGUUAGAAUAUCUGGACACUCAAGGCAUCAGCCCAAGGCAUAUAUACCGCGAAAUUGUACAACACAUACAGAAACAGCCCCGCGGAUUUGCACCAUUAUUAGAACUCGAGUUAUUCACUGAUAUCCAUUCAGUUGCUCCUGGCCCAGAGCCCAGUGCUGAUUCUCCGCGAACGAAAGCAUGCCGUCUGUGUGCAGCUGAAAUAUUUCUCUGGGGCCUCAGGGAAUGGUGGGUUAGAGAAAGAAAGAAGGGAUGUCUCGAUCAAUCUAUCAUGAAUCGUAAAGAUUGCCCUGACGCCGCACGAUGUGUUCGUCAAAAGAAUGACCUUGCUCACGCCAAAGAAUGUCCACCCCACUUAUCUUUAGAUAACCACAUUUUUUCCGCUCCUGAUUCAGAAGACGAGCAAAACCAAGUCCCUGCGCCUGAAGUCGUAGAUGUUACAGGUGCCGACAACUCUCAUCCCGCCAACGUUGAAGAUCCGCCUGUACAACCUAUGCUUGGGAUAUCCUCACCAAGUUUACCAUCAAUUCCCAACGAAGCUUCCUCGUCCCAAUCUUCCCUUGCAUUGCAAUUCCUUCUCAACGAAGUUGGUGAAGAUGUAGAAAUGAUGUCACCGCCGCCUUUCCAUCCCCCUGUAUCAGACGCAUGCAACACUGAUUGA